CGUUGCUAGCAACCGGGAGCACAUACCGUUAUACAGUAAUGUAUCCAGCGAAGAAUAAGGGCCGUGUUAGCUAGCAAAAUCCAGCAAAGAUUAUUAGCUACAAAGAUGGAUCCAGGUAAAAGAGUGUCAAUCACUUAUGUCAACGACACUGGACGAGACGAUUUCUCAGUCUACGUCUCCGGAAUGCCGUACGUUGCGUCCGAUCCGUCGAGCUUCGUAGCGUGGCAAACGCUGCGCUCGCAAUCUACGGCCGCAUUCCUUUUCCCCGCGAGAGCAGGCGUAGGACUGGUUUGGGAAGGCGUCACGUACGACCCAAAAGUCACUCCGUCCACCGCCACGUGGGAAGUAACCACUACAAGAGAUAUGGAGCCAGUAGUUCAGCAAGUUCCUCACAAGCCCAGCUCUGGUAACCUGGUGAUAGUGAAAAAUCUGACAAAACUGUCUCAACUGACCAUCGGAAUUUUCAAGGGCAAAAAGAUAUUUCUCACAAAGAAAAAUGUGCAGCCAGAUCGAACAUACAGGUUCAACGUGACUUCUAACGUCUAUUUCAAUGCUGGUUACAGAGGCGACGUCCAGGGACAGAACUUCCGAGUCAAUAUUGCCGAUUUCGAAGACGGUGUGGUCGUCGUGGUGAAGUAUAUCGACGAGGAGUUCAUAUUUUCCGCUGCAUCCCCGGAUAUUGCUCGGUCGAUGUUCAGAAAGGAGGACCAGCAUGCCCUACUGACGAAUUAACCCUUAAGUUUAUACAUGUUCUUGAAUAAACAUGUAUAUCAUCUUUAACUCCUUAAUUACUGCCUCAACUGUGAAUAUGUUGGAGAUCAUACAAUUUUAACCCUUUAUAGGCUUAACUCCAUAACCACUCUGUAUAAUAUACAAAGAUUUCUUCUCACUGCAUCAUACUCUCGAAUGCACACACGAAACUCUCGAAAAUUUACUAUCAUCACGGGUGCCAAAAAUGUUACAAAUCACUGUAAUUAUA